AUGGACUGGAAGUCUUUGGAGGGUCUUCUCAGCGGAGUGAAUAAAUACUCCACCAACUUCGGCCCCAUCUGGCUCUCGGUCGUCUUCGUCUUCCGCGUGAUGGUGUUCGUGGUGGCCGCUGAGCGGGUGUGGAGCGACGAGCAGGGCAACUUCGACUGCAACACCCGCCAACCGGGCUGCACCAACAUGUGCUACAACUACUUUUUCCCCAUCUCCCACAUUCGUCUCUGGGCUCUUCAGCUCAUCUUCAUCACCUGCCCUUCCUUCAUGGUGGUGCUGCACGUGGCCUACCGGGAGGAGCGGGAGCGCAAAUACAAGGCCAAGCACGGAGAGGGCGCCCGGCUGUACGGCAACCCGGGCCAGAAGCACGGCGGGCUGUGGUGGACCUACCUGCUCAGCCUCUUCUUCAAGACCGCCAUGGAGGUGGCUUUUCUCUACCUAAUCCAGUUCACCUACCAGAGCUUCUCGUUGCCCAGGCGGGUCCAAUGUGACGUCAGACCCUGUCCCAACGUGGUGGACUGCUACAUAGCGCGGCCCACCGAGAAGACCAUCUUCACCUACUUCAUGGUGGUGGCGUCCGUUGCGUGUGUGAUCCUCAACGUCUGUGAGAUUUUCUACCUGAUUGUUGCCCGGCUGCUUAGACGCAGACACCCGCGCAGCGUCCACGCCAGCCCGCACAAGAAGAUUUGCCCUGAAGCGGUCUGCGGGGGCCACUAA